AUGGCACAGUCACACGAGGCGGAUCGAGUAGCUUCAGCCGACAACCACAAGCCCUCGGCCGUUCAUGACGCAGACAACAACACCGCGACUCGGAAUGUCGAUGCCACGGAACGGGCCAUGCCCCCCGAGGAGCCGAAGACGGCGGGUUUGCGGCCGCAUCCCUCCAGGAUUGUUCGCUUUUACUCUCAUCCGUGGACGCAGAUCCUGUUGAUCUCCUUUAUCUGCUUCUGCAUGCCUGGGAUGUACAAUGCGCUCACGGGACUCGGCGGCUCGGGACAGGUUGAUUCGACCGUCGCCGCCAAUGCCACCGUCGCUCUGCUCUCGGCCACCGCAGCAACAGCCCUGACCGUCGCCGGCCCCGUCUUCUCCAUCCUCGGACCGCGCAUCAGCUUUCUCAUGGCCGGCUGGACGUAUGCGCUGUACAGCGGCUCGCUCCUCCACUUCAACCACACGGGCAACGGCGCCUUUGUCAUUGGGUCCGGCGCCGUCGCCGGCAUCGGCUCGUCCUUUGUCUGGAUCGUCCAGGGCGCCAUCAUGACCACGUACGUCGACGAGGCGCAAAAGGGCCGCGCCAUUGCCGUCUUCUGGACCAUCUUCAACCUCGGCGGCGGCAUCGGCUCCCUGGCCUCGUUCGGCCUCAACUACGACUCCACGUCUGGCACCGUCUCGGACUCGACCUACGUUGCCCUCAUGGCCAUCAUGCUGUUCGGCUGGACCCUCGGCGUCUUCAUCUGCUCGCCCUCUCGCAUCCGCCUGGCCCAGCUGAACAAGGCCGUCGAGACGGAGAAGCACACCCUGGGGGGAACCGCCAUGACGGCCAUCAAGACCAUUGCCAAGUGGCGCGUCCUCUGCAUGCUGCCGCUCUUCUUCUCCGCCAACGUCUUUUACAGCUACCAGCAGAACCAGGUCAACGGCGAGACCUUCAACAUCCGCACCCGCUCCCUCAACGGCGCCCUGUACUGGAUGGCCCAGAUGCUCGGCGGCCUCUUGAUCGGCCUGCUCCUCGAUCUCCCCUGCUUCGACCGCCCUACGCGUGCCAGGCUCGGCUGGGCCACCGUCUUCGUGACCGGCAUGGCCAUCUGGGGGGGAGGCUAUGAGUUCCAGAAGUGGCAGGACGCCCGCCUGGCCGCUGGCCACCGCCAGGACGCUGACUUUAAGGAGGGAGGCAUCUCUACCGGUCCCAUUUUCCUGUACAUCUUCUACGGCGCCUACGACGCCCUGUGGCAAGGCUACGCCUACUGGCUCAUUGGCACCGAAUCCAACAGCUCGGCCCGCGCCGCCGUGCUCGUCGGGGCUUACAAGUCUCUGCAAGCUGCCGGCGGUGCCAUGGCAUGGCGUAUCAAUGCCCAGAAGGUGGCUCCGAUGAGCCAGUUUGGGAUGAACUGGGGCAUGUGUAUCGGUUCCUUGGUCAUCGUGUUGCCGACUGUGUUGACAGUCUCCAAGACCACAACAACGGAUGACGAGGCAAAGGUUACGUCAGGAGCGCAGCAACGACCUAGCAAAUUGGUCACAGAGGAGUAG